AUGUUGGUUAUGCAUCAUAUCCCUCUGGGUUUCAAAGCAGCCCGCCCAAUGUUCAGAGUUGGAUCUUUGGAAGUUCCUCAAAGGAAAUCUCCAGCAACACCUCGAACAACUCAUCAACUCAAGACGCCUGGAUCGGAGCCUGAUUCGGUAUCCUCUCCUAAUGUGGCAACUAGGACGCCAAAAAACAAAAGCCCAAAAGUCAUUGAGCGCAGGUCACCACGAAGUCCAGUAGCUGAGAAGAAGCAACCAAAAAGAGUGUCAGAUUUGGAAGCACAACUUACUCAACUCCAAGAGGAUUUGAAGAGGACAAAGGACCAGUUGAACUUAUCUGAGUCACUGAAGAGGCGAUCCCAGCAGGAGGCUGAAGAAGCUAAGAAUCAGAUAAUGGCCAUGUCUGCAAAGCUUGAAGACUCCCAACAGCAACUGCAGGAACUUUCUACUUCUGAAGAUGCUCGUGUGCAAGAGCUUCGUAAACUUUCUCAGGAUCGGGAUAGAGCAUGGGAGUCUGAACUUGAGGCUGUCAAGAAGCAGCGUUCAAUGGAUUCCACUGCCCUGGCUUCUGCCAUAAAUGAAAUUCAGAAACUAAAGGGUCAGCUGGAAAGGGUGGCUGAGUCUGAAGCCACCCAAAGCAGGCAUGCCGAGUCAGCAUAUGCUGAGAUACAGACCUUGAGAAUGGAACUUUCCGAAACUCUUUCCCUCGUUGAGAAAUUGAAAACCGAGCUCAAUGAUUGCAAAGACUCUGAAACCCGGGCCCUUGAAGUUGUACAAAACACUCAUAUGCAAUUGGAAGCUGCAAAUGCAACCAUAGAAAUGCUCAAAUCAGAUGGGAUCAAAGCCACUGAGUCUGGCAACUCCUUAUCACUGGAGUUGGAGCAAUCCAAAGCUCGAGUUAAAUCACUGGAGGGUCUUGUUAGCAAGCUUCAGGCAGAACUGAUUAAUAGGAACAAUGUAAAACCUGUUCAGGAAGAUGAAGAAAAUGAAGAAAGAAAACAGUUAAAAGCAGAGGUGAAUUCUUUGAGAUCUGAAGUGGGUCAAUUGAAAUCUGCAUUAGAUGCAGCUGAGGUCAGGUACCAGGAAGAAUACAUUCAGAGCACAUUGCAGAUUAGAAGUGCAUAUGAGGAAGUUGACAGUGCAAAAUCUGAAUCAUCCCAGAGGGAAGCUGAACUGACAGCAGAACUAAAGAAAACAAAGGCUCAUAUUGAAGAAUUGAGAGCACAGCUGAUGGAUAAGGAAACUGAAUUGCAGAGUAUAUCAGAGGCAAAUGACGGGGUGGCAUUGAAAAUUGAGAAAAAUAAAUCAACUGAAAAUGAAUCUGAACUUGCACUGGAGCUAAAGAAGUCAGAGGCUGCAGUGGUAGAGUUGAAGGCAAGUUUAUUGGACAAGGAGACAGAAUUGCAGAAUAUAGCUGAGGAAAAUGAAAUGCUCAAGAUGGAACUUGAAAAUAAGGAAAUGGAAAGGAAUAAAGUUAAUGAUGAGGGUGUUGUUUGGGCAGAAGCAGCAAAGGCUGCCGAGCGCGAGGCUCUGAUGAAAUUUGGAUAUUUAACAGAGGAAGCAGAUAAAAGUACCAGGAAAGCUGAACGGGUGACUGAGCAGCUGGAUGCGGCACAGACUGCAAAUAUGGAAAUGGAGGCUGAGUUAAGGAGGUUAAAGGUGCAGUCAGAUCAGUGGAGGAAGGCUGCUGAGGCAGCUGCUGCCAUGCUUUCAACAGGAAACAAUGGGAAACUUAUGGAGAGAACAGGUUCUCUUGAUAGCUCCUACAACCCCCUGAGUUCACCUUAUUCAGAAGACCUGGACGAUGACUCACCGAAGAAGAAAAAUGGGAACAUGUUAAAGAAGAUUGGGGUGUUGUGGAAGAAGGGCCAAAAGUAG